AUGUCUCACGAAUCCGUCUGGAACUCCCGCCCCCGUGGCUACGGAAAGGGUGCCCGCUCUUGCCGCGUCUGCACCCACCGUGCCGGUCUGAUCCGCAAGUACGGCCUCAACAUCUGCCGUCAGUGCUUCCGCGAGAAGUCCGCCGACAUUGGCUUCCAGAAGCACCGAUAA